CCGUCUGCGACCUUUCAUAAUUGAGAGGAUAUGCGCAGCUCAGAGUGCAGUCUGCGGUCGAGUGCAGAGUGCACUGCAGGAAAGGCGACACCCAUGUACAGGGCUGCCCCGGGCGAGGUCCCCCGGCACGGCGUUCCCGGCGUGCCCCGCGCGGAGGGGACUCUUAACUUGAAGCGCCGGGUGACUCAGCCGCGUGGCCGCGCGGGCCGGGGCGGGGGGCGCGCGCCGCUGCGGCACAGCCGGUCCCGGCGGCGGCUUCUGGCUGCGCGGCCUGCGCGCGCCUCCCGGGCGAUUCCGGCCCCGAGCGCGACGGCGCGGCAGGGAGCGACGAGAUUUCUCUCCAAUCAAACAGACAGUUCAGGACUCAAGAGUCUGAGGAUGAACGUUCACCGUGGCAGUGACAGUGACAGGUUAUUGCGGCAGGAGGCCAGCUGCUUAGUGGAUGAUACCUCAGCUGCAGCCCAGGAAAAAGAAGCAAACAGCCUCACUUCAUUUGGUCCUCAUAAUCUUACUUACCCUCUAGGUCCCAGGAAUGAAGACCUCUCACUUGACUAUGCCUCUCAGCCAGCAAAUCUUCAGUUCCCUCACAUAAUGCCCCUUGCCGAAGACAUCAAAGGUUCUUGCUUCCAAAGUGGGAAUAAGCGGAACCAUGAACCUUUUAUUGCUCCAGAAAGAUUUGGAAACAGUAGUGUGGGUUUUGGCAGUAAUUCCCAUUCCCAAGCACCAGAGAAAGUGACGCUUCUUGUAGAUGGCACACGUUUUGUUGUGAAUCCACAGAUUUUCACUGCUCAUCCGGAUACCAUGUUGGGAAGGAUGUUUGGACCAGGAAGAGAGUACAACUUCACUCGGCCCAAUGAGAAGGGAGAGUAUGAGAUUGCCGAAGGCAUCAGUGCAACUGUAUUUCGCACAGUGUUGGACUAUUACAAAACUGGUAUCAUCAAUUGUCCUGAUGGCAUCUCUAUCCCAGAUCUUAGAGAUACAUGUGAUUAUCUCUGCAUUAAUUUUGACUUCAACACGAUCCGAUGUCAAGAUCUGAGUGCUUUACUGCAUGAACUGUCUAAUGAUGGUGCUCAUAAGCAGUUUGACCACUACCUCGAAGAACUCAUCUUGCCCAUCAUGGUGGGCUGUGCCAAGAAAGGAGAGCGGGAGUGUCACAUUGUUGUGCUGACGGAUGAGGAUUCUGUGGACUGGGAUGAAGACCACCCUCCACCAAUGGGGGAGGAAUAUUCCCAAAUUCUUUAUAGCUCCAAGCUCUACAGAUUCUUCAAAUAUAUAGAGAAUCGGGAUGUUGCAAAAACAGUGUUAAAGGAACGGGGCCUGAAAAACAUUCGCAUUGGAAUUGAAGGUUACCCUACCUGUAAAGAAAAAAUUAAGAGAAGACCUGGCGGCCGGUCUGAAGUCAUCUAUAAUUAUGUACAACGCCCCUUCAUCCAGAUGUCAUGGGAAAAAGAAGAAGGAAAGAGUCGCCAUGUGGAUUUUCAGUGUGUUCGAAGCAAAUCCCUCACGAAUCUGGUAGCUGCUGGAGAAGAUGUCUUGGAGGACCAGGAGAUAUUAAUGCAUCACCCACCACAAGUGGAUGAACUUGACCGGCUAAAUGCCCCACUUUCUCAGAUGGCUUCUAACGACUUUCAGGAUUAGGGCCAGCUGUGGGUCCACCCCUUGUGAGAUGCCUGCAGCUAGCCCUCCCUCAUGAUUUGUCUCACCCUGAGUAGAAGACAUGCUUCUCCCCUAUCCAUUUCCUUUCUCCCAUAAUUAACAUGUGUCCUUUUCAGUAAGUCUGUGCCUCUGGCAGGGGAUGAAGUACUCACUGGUGAAUUAGCUACCAUCUUUGCAGAAGCCCUGGUAACUUGAAAAAUUUGGGUCUGGUGCUGUUCACUGAGUCUUUGUGUAACUGCAAAAGCAGGAAAGGAAGUCAAGACUCCUGUUGCCUCGUGUUUAGCAAA